AUGCUAGAAGGCAAGGCAGUCAUUGUUGAGACAGACAUGCUUCAAACCAUGCAGCAGGGUGCACUUGUCUUAGCAUCGAAAGCCCUUGAUGUCUUUGAUGUCACUGAGGCCACUGAGAUAGGCUGCUUCAUUAAAAAGACAUAUGGACCGGGAUGGCAGUGCAUUGUAGGAACAGAUUUCGGUUCGUUUGUUACACAUUGUCAUGGCUGUUUCAUCUAUUUUUGCUUAGGCAACCUUGCAAUUUUGCUCUUUAGGGGAGCUGCAGGUCCAGAAGCUGAGGCAAAGCAGCCCUGUGCAGCCUUGGAGGCACCAUUUGGGAGUUUCUUCUUAGCCAAAGCCAUCUUUUAA